AUGGGUGUUGCAUUGUGGCUUUGUCCCAGACCCAAUUCACAAAUAUUCGAUAAAUUAUCAACAUUAAUGAGUUCAAUAAACACUCUUUUUCCAGGUCAAUCUCCUAAAUUCGAACCUCACAUCACCAUAACGACAAACAUCAACAUAAAUCUAGAAGAUCAAUCAAAAACAAGAGAUGAUGUAGAUAAAGUACUAUCUUCAUGUGCUGUUGCUUUACAAUCAUUACCUAAGAAUCAUAAUAAUUUAGUUACACUAGGAAAAAUAAGUAGUCAAAGGAAAUUUUUUCAAAAAUUAUAUUUUGAAGUUGCCAAAGAUCCUAAUUUAAUUUCAUUUGCUAGAAUUAUCAGAGAGUUAUUCGUAAUUGUCCCAACAGAUAUUGAAAAUGAAAACAAAAAGCAAAAUCCCCACUUAUAUACAACCGAUAGUCAUGGAGUCACAGUGAGGAGAAAACCACUGAAAAAACAUAGCAAAGAUCAACAACCAACAAUUAAACAAUUUGAUACUACAGAAAUCCAAAGAGCUGCAUCCUACAAGGCAGCAGAAUGGGCUGAGAAAGAAUAUUUACCUCAUCUUUCGUUAGUUUAUAAUAAUAUGUGGCCAAUAGAUAACGCGCUUUGGCUUACGAUCAAACAGAGGAUUACUGAUUAUUUGGGGAUCGAUGAUGUUGAUGCUGAAGGUUUGGAAGAUAAUGGUUAUGGUUGGGAUGGUGGGGUUUUGAAGUUGGUAUUGUGUGAUGGUGAUGUUAAUGAAUGCCAGCUCGAAAUGCUGCAAGCCAAAAAUGAAAAUUAUACCUGUCUAACGUGCUCAGAAUCAUUUGAAACCCCUCAAGAUAUUCAAAAACAUUUAUCAACAACAAGACAUAAAUCUAUAAAACUUUCCAAACUUGAUCAAAUAUUAGAAUGUGAGGAAUGUUCAGAUUCAAAUAUACAUCAACUAGCAAUACUAAGAUACGGCUAUAACGACAUGGCAUUACUAUGUCAAUUAUGUUUAGAUAACGUCACAAAAGAAACUAAUGAACAACCAUCUGCAAAUUAUACAUUAUCUAAUGGUGCAUUAUUCACUAAAUUGAAUCAAUACCUAAAGUUCAGAGAUAUAGAAUGUACAUUAUGUGGAAGCGAUGAAAAUUUAUUUGUUGGAAACACACCAAAGGGCCAAGUCAUAGCAUGUAAAAAUUGUGUUUCUCAGUACGAAUCUCAAAAUAUAUCAUUUGUCGGAGAGAAUGAUGAAAAAUUUUUAACAGAAUUACUAGGAUUAAAAGAAGUAAUUAUAAAGAAAUCUACACGUGGUCGAGGAAUGAGAGGUCGUGGUGGAAGAAGAGGUGGCAAACGUGGCGGUAGACGUGGUGGUGGGAAUUCAGAUAGACCCCCAAGACGUCCUAGAAAAGAAGAUCCUGAAGCUGAAGCUAGAAGAAUACAUUACCAAGAAACUAAACAAAACGCCAGUGAUAUUAAAUCCGGUUCUACUGUUAAAGCCAUUGGAUCAUCAAGUGUUAGUAAGACUGAUACUUCAAAGCCAUCAUCACGAGGAAAUAAAUUUCAAAAUAAAGGACCGAAAAAUCAAACUGGUUACAGUGGUAAUAAACCAGGUUCAGGUGCAAGUAAGCCAGCAAGAGCAAUUUCUAACGGUCAACAUCAAAAAAUCAAUAAAAGCAAUUUUUCAAAUAGUUCAUCAAAGCCAACUAAUGCCAAUUUAAAACCAAAUUCUGGAGUUAAAGCACUAACAAAAGACGUAAAAUCAAUGAAAAUAUCAAAUAAUCAAAAUUCAAAUGGAAACAUAGAAUCGAAGUCAUCAUCUAAUAAAAUCUCAAGAUCAAGCACUCCUGAAAUUUCCAAAAAUCAAACUCCAAGAAGUAAUGGAACACCAGCUAAUUCUAAUAAACAAACUCCAAUAUCAUCUAAAAAAUCUACUCCAUCAAAUUCAAAAAAACCUACUCCAUCAAAUUCAAGUAAGCCCUCUCCAGCAAGUUCAAAUAAAUCUACUCCAAGAGCAUCCAUGAAGAAUACACCUGUAAAUUCAGGCAAACAAACUCCAAUUAGAACACAAAGUCCAAAUAUAAGUAGACAACAAACUCCAGCACCUGAAAGUUCAAACUCAUCUGAUUUAAUUCUUCCACCCUAUAUCACAAAAUAUCACCCAUCAACAAAACUAAAGUUGUCGUACGACUCAAUUGAUGAGUAUUUCAGAGAAAUGAGUUUCAACAUCUUUUUAGAGGAUCAAUUGACCAAUGUUUCCAAUAUUAUCGAACCACAAGAUUUAAUGAUCGAAUGGUAUGAAGAUCAAGAUAAAAAAAAUAACCAAUUUAAAGUCAGUAUACCGAUGAAACCAGAAGUUAUUGACAGAUUUAUUUCAGAUAGGUUUAAAAAAUUGAAAAAGGAUCCAUUUCAAAAAGAUCAAGCUAUGUUCUUAAUCUUGGAUGAUGAUAUACCAUGGUACGGGAAAGUUGCAACUGUCGAUGGCGUUAAAACUGGUAAGAAUAAAAGAAAAGCUAAAGUGGAUUAUACUGAAUUAGUUAUUGUAUUAUAUAAAUGGAACAAUCAACCAUUGCCAAAAACGAUUCAUGCUAAACAUUUGAAAUUAUUACCUGCAUCUGUACCUGUUUCAAGAAUUUUGAAUGCUAUGGAUACUCUAAACAAUGAAAAUUUUAUCAAAAUGUUAUUGGGUAAAGAACCAAUCAAGCAAAUUUUCUUCAAGAACAGGGUCAAUUUUUCAACUACUUUAAAUGAUUCUCAAAAAGCGGCUAUACAAUCGGUUUUAAAUAAUAAGAUUAGCGUUGUUAGAGGACCACCUGGUACAGGUAAAACUUCUGCAAUUUACGAAACAAUUAUUCAAUUAUUAGAAUCUUUAAACACAUACCCUAUUUUAGUGGUUGCUGCUUCAAAUAUUGCAAUUGAUAAUAUAGCAGAGAAAUUAUUACCAAAACAUGGAAAGUCCAUACUAAGAAUUACAGCAAAUGAGAAAGAAAAAGAAUAUAAUUUACAACAUCCAUUAGCUUCAAUUUGUUUACAUCAUAAAAUAUAUAACGCUAUGUCAAAUAGGUUCCAACAAGUCCAAAAUGAUUUAAGAAGUAAAAAUGCCUCAGUCAGUGCUAAUGCUUAUAAGAAAUAUUCACAGGAUAAGUUUCAAAUCACAAAGGAACAAGUAGCACAAGCUAAAGUUAUAUUGACUACAACUGUUGUUGCUGGUGGUACUCAAUUAAAGUCUAUAACUAAAUGUGCAGUAGUUAUAAUGGAUGAGGCAACGCAAUCAUCAGAACCAAGUACAUUAAUACCAUUAGCAGUUCCAGGAGUUGAGAAAUUUGUAUUUGUAGGUGAUCAAAAACAAUUGAGUUGUUUCUCAUUGAUUCCAAGUUUAUCUACAUCAUUAUUUGAAAGAGUUUUACUAAAUGAAACGUAUAAACAGCCUCACAUGUUGAAUACUCAAUAUCGUAUGCAUCCAUUAAUUAGUGAGUUUCCAAGACAAAAAUUUUAUAAUAAUGAAUUGUUAGAUGGUAUAACCGCAGAAGCAAGAAACAUACCAGGGAUACCAAAUGAUAAGCCUGUUUACUUUUGGGAUACUAAAGGUAAUGCACCAGAACAAUCAGUUAAAAACUUUUUAAGAGAAGAUAGAGGAUAUACUUACACAAACCAAAAAGAAAUCAACUACUUAAAACAAAUCUUACAAACAUUAAUUAUAGAAAAGGGCAUAUCAAGAGAUGAUAUUGGUAUAAUCACUCCUUAUUCCGGUCAAAGAGAUUUAAUCUCAUCAGUAUUAGUAAAAGAUGAUAUAAUCAACCCAACACAACAAGAAUUAAAAAUAGAAAUAGAUAUAGAUGAUAUCUCAAAUGAUUCCAAACCAGUAAAUAUCCAUAUAGUUUCAGGAAUAAUGAUAGCUUCAAUAGAUGCAUUUCAAGGUCGUGAAAAAAAUUUCAUGAUUAUGUCAUGUGUUAGAUCAAACACCAAGAACAAUAUAGGUUUCUUGAAAGAUGAAAGAAGGUUGAAUGUUGCUUUAACUAGAGCUAAAUAUGGGAUGGUUAUUGUUGGUGAUUUUAAAUGUUUGAAAUACGGAGAUAAGUUAUGGAACGAUUAUUUGACCUACUUGGAGUCUAAACAUUUGGUUCAUAAUAGUGAUAGAUUUGAAUAUACAUAG